CACCGUUGUGAAAACAAUUGGUCAGGUGGGAUUCAAGGUCACAGUAAAAAAACAGUUAACGAAGCAUUGGAAAUUGAAGAAAAUACUUGUCAUAAAGCGAUAAUAAAUCUGAUACUACGUCUCCACAUGAAUGAGAAAAAGAAAGACGAAAAAGAGCAGCCUGUUAUGCGAUUUUAAUAUAAAAAAUAAAUACGUGAAACGGCGGUAUUCGUAAAACUGAUGUAAUCAUCAUUUUAGUAAAACUGUGUAAUAUGUGUCAUUUUUAAAUGGAGUCGAAACUCGAAGCUUACAGACUGAAAAAGCGUCGCCAAGCGAUGAUGGAGGGAGCAAAAAAUUCUUUGAAAGGUGCAUUAGCGUGGACCGAAAGAGCUGUUGACGUCAGACCCACGGAGGACAAGGAUGAUCUCGAGAGUAUAUGCUCGGAAGAGAGCAUAGAUAUAGCCCCGCCUGAGAAUCCAAUUCUCAAACAAGUGACUUACCUGCUGUAUUUUCUCCUAUGGGCGACAGUUUACGCGAUAGCCAUUCAGUAUGAAUUUGGUGCUGUCUACUUCAUUAUAACCGCAUUGAUAUUCAUAUGGAAAAACACAAGAUCGGGUCCUAAAAAACGAGGCGAAAUCAGCGCUUACUCCGUCUUCAAUCCCAACUGUGAAGCUAUACAAGGAUCGAUAAAUCCGGAACAAUUCGAAAGAGAAAUGGGCUAUAGAGCUUUGAGCCACAUAUCCGGAUGAAUAAAUAGCUCAUUGGGAGAAUAACCAAUUUUACGAUGACGCUUCUUGAAUAAUGAAGACAAGAGAAAGAAGGUUUCUCUGACCUUCUUCAGGUCUGAUCGGAGAAUAAAUUUUUAUGAAUUCUUUGCUCGAUUUUUGAAACGAACAUUUAAAGUGAACCAAGGAAUUAUAAUGCCUUUACAACGUCUAAUUAAUGCUAAGUUUUAGAAAGAUAAUUUAAGAUUUUAUGUAAAUCAAUGAAAGAUGGCGAUAAAUUUCGAUAUAUAGAAGCGCUCGAAUCGAA